AUGGCUGACGUAGAUAAAAAGACGGACGGCCCAGAGCCAUACUCGUCGGCGGGCUUCGACUUCACCCUGUUGCCGGAUUACGACAACGACUUCGUUGAAGAAGACCAUUUCGUCGAAUUCGAGAAAGCCUUAGCGGCGCCCGAAAACUCGCCCUCGACCGAAGAUCUUACUGCACUGCCGCCUGAGCGAACCUUCAUUUCCGCCCUCAACGACUGGCGCCCCGUCCACCAGCGCGUCAAGCGGCGGAAGAAGAGCAAGGCGCCCCCGCGACGCGGCAAGGACGAGACGCGCGAAGGCUUCGUCUAUGUACUGCUGAAGUGGCCGCUGCUGCUAGUGGUGCUUGGGUGGUUGCUCUUCCUGAGCAUAGCCUACGUCUUCACCCGCCUAUACAUAUACCUAUACGAACACUGGAUAACAUGGCGAGGUACACGGCAGAGACUAAGACAGCGGAUGAACGACGCGAGAUCGUAUGAAGAAUGGAUAGAGAGAGCCAAGGAGCUCGACGCAUACCUGGGCAACGAAUCCUGGAAGGACAAGGCUGACUACGCAUACUAUGACAGCAAGACGAUCGCAAGAGUACAUCAGCAGAUGGUCAAACUGCGCGAAAAGGCUGAAGCAGAAGAGAAGGGUGCGUCAAGCGCAAAUGCCUCCAAAGGCCAACACACAGCUGUAGAGGAUCUCCGUGCGCUCUUGGAAGCCUCGAUGAAGAACAACUUUGUAGGAUUCGAAAACCCGCGACUAUACAGUGAGACGUACUAUGGGACGAAAAAUCUAGUCCAGAAAUUCGUUGACGAAGCCGAGACAUCGCUCGGUUUCCUCCUGCGAACUACACAGCUCGAUGCAGAAAACAAACGCGCUCUGUUCAAACACCUCGGCAGCAACUUCGGUCGCACUGCGCUAUGUCUGUCUGGGGGAGCCACCUUUGCCUACUAUCACUUCGGUGUGGCUAAGGCUCUAAUGGAUGCCGAACUGUUACCUGAAGUUAUCACCGGUACAUCUGGAGGGGCGCUUGUGGCUGCAUUACUAUGCACGAGGACUGAUGACGAGCUCAAGAAGCUGCUUGUACCAGCUCUGGCUCACCGCAUCACGGCAUGCCACGAAGGCAUCCUUACAUGGUCAAAGAGAUGGUACAAGACUGGAGCGAGAUUCGACAGCGUCGAUUGGGCGAAGAAAUGUGCUUGGAUGACCCGUGGUAGUUUGACAUUUAAAGAGGCAUACCAAAGGACUGGACGAAUACUGAACGUCUCAUGCGUACCCUCGGACCCCCACUCGCCGACUAUUUUAGCAAACUACAUCACAGCCCCAGACUGUGUCGUCUGGUCAGCAGUCCUGGCUUCUGCUGCGGUUCCUGGCAUACUCAACCCAGUGGUUCUGAUGAAGAAGAACAAUGACGGCAGUCUUUCACCCUACUCUUUCGGUCACAAGUGGAAAGAUGGUAGCCUAAGGACGGAUAUCCCACUGAAGGCGUUGAAUCUUCACUUCAACGUUCGAUUCUCAAUCGUGAGCCAAGUUAACCCUCACAUUAACAUCUUCUUCUUUUCAUCUCGCGGCUCGGUUGGUCGGCCUGUCACUCAUCGGCGAGGACGCGGCUGGAGAGGCGGGUUCCUUGGUUCCGCCACAGAGCAAUACCUAAAGCUUGACCUGAACAAGUGGCUCAAGGUGCUUCGUCAUCUUGAAUUAUUGCCUCGUCCACUCGGUCAAGACUGGAGUGAGCUUUGGCUACAGCGCUUCAGCGGCACUAUCACCAUUUGGCCCAAAUCCAUACCUUCAGACUUUAUUUACAUACUAACUGACCCAACACCCCAGCGGCUAGCACGUAUGAUACAUGUUGGCCAACAAUCAGCUUUCCCCAAGUUGAAGUUUAUCGCGAACCGUGCAAAGUUGGAGUAUGCUAUCCAGGAAGGGAGACGGAAGUUCAGGCCUCGCGGUAUACGUGAUGACAACAUAGUCAACGCUCUUAGUGAGGAAGACCUCCGCAGCUUACUAAAGCGUACAAGAAGCGAUGAUCCGGAGGAUGGCGCUCAAUACCCAGCAUCAGGAUCAGAGUCCUCGUCGACAGCAGAACCGUCACGGCCUAGCUCGCCUGUGAAUCUGCCUCUCGGCUUCACAUUCGCUCGCAAGAAGAAAAACGCGCCGGCUGAGCUAGCGACCACUGCUGAGAAGCUAGACGCUCCUGACAGCCCAUCGCUGGGAAAACGACUAAGCGGAUGGUGGUCCGCAAUGUCACCUCAAGCCACAGCGCACUCUAUAGAGCUCAAAGCUCGCCCACGCGAUUCGCCAUAUAGUCACGACCGCCCUAACUCGAUGUUCGAGUUCCGACCAGCCGGCAGCAUCAUAGACCUUCCGACAGGGAGAAAAGAGAGCAGGGUUUUCGACGACUCGGACGACGCCGCGGAAAACCAAGACAUCUCUAGGCGCAGACAGCAGCAUAAAGGGGGUAUGUUGGGCGACACCGAUGCCGGCAAGGAAGACGCCGACGAUCAUGGUGAAGCAGCAGAUUUCGGCGAUGACGAAGAAGAUCGAGGUGAAAUACAGAAUGUUAGGGUAGGUCUUGGUCUUGAGGGACCCGCUUUGUAG